CCCGACUAAAAUACCUAAUUAGGCCGGCCCGUUAUUCUCCUGGACGAGCCCGGAUAAGUGUCUGUCAAGCUACUCGAUUCCCGGCGCUUCCGGCCAUGCGACCCUGGCUAUUUCCUAGUUAAUCUGACCUACUAGACCCUCUCCCUCGACUUUUCCUCCACGAUAACCUCACGCCGAGCAGCCGCAGUCCGGCUACUUCUACUACUUUCAUACGGCAGAUGGUCUUGUCUAGCUAGGACGGGAUCGACGCAAGCACCGAUGGCGAUCACAAUGGCACCGGAGGCCCGGGGGGGAUCUCCGCUGGGCGCGCCGGAGACGCCCAGCUUGGUGGUCUCCGACGGAGAGGUGUCGCCCGCAUCUGAUGUUGUGCCGGAUGAAGAGCCGAUACCAAUUGGCGAGGAUGAUGCUCAAUCUAUCAUACAGCCGUCCUUGAGCCCCGCGGCAACGAGGCUCACCCUGCCCCAGACGUCGGCGGAGGAGAAGGCGGCGGCAAUGGAGCGGCUGCCGGGAGGUGGCUUGUUCGGUGUCAUCGAUAACAUCGUCUCCGCCGAGCCGGAGAGUUUGCCCUCGUCGGCGGCGGACCAAUCAAGCGGCGAGGCAUACCGCCGAACGGCGACCAAGGCCUCGAUACGCCCGAUUGGGGGCUUGUCGCCGGGUCCAUCGCGUCCGAGCCAAACCCCGACCGUCAGAUUCCCGUCUCCUUGGCAGGCGGGGCCGAAGCAGAUGGUCGUGCAGAACGAGUCGGGUCCGCGGCCUACGUUAUCCUCCGUGUUCGGCCAGAGCAGGCACCGCCGUUCUUCCUCCGGCGGCGCUGAUGCGCUCAAGAGGAUACGCGACGCGUUCCCUUCCAUGCCGUCCAUCUCCCUCCAGUCAUUCUUCUCGGGGCCCUCUUCGCCAAAACCCGUGGGAUCCGAGGCAAAACGGGCCACUCUGUCAAGCGGUAGCACGGCCGAGGCCAAAAAGCUCGCGUCGCUCUUCGACGAGACGCGGAAUGUAAGUUCUAGGAGCAUGGCCCCGCCGGCAAAUAGACAGUCCCUCAUGUCCUUACCCAUCCCGCCCGCCGAAAGCUCUGCACUCUCUCCGCCGUCGCUGAGGCCGCGAACGGUCCGCAGGUCGACAUCGGACGAGUCCAUGCUGUACCAUUCUCUGUCUAGGGUGUCGUCCUUCGGUGACGACGAUAGAUGGAACGACACCCGAGAGCAGACGAACAGCCGAUUCAAGGCCAUCACGGAUAGCUGGGACCGGCCGACAUUCAAACUGCCCCAGCUGCCCAGCAUCAUCCCUACUCCACUAAAGAGAAACUCGCUGCUAGGGUUCGAGCAGUCGGAGGCAUCUUUAUCGGGCACGUCGCGUACUUCGGCGACCUUCGAAGCUGGCUCCUCCACAGUGAAAGACGACGGCUUAUCGGAUCUAGACCGCGCCCUGGAGCUCUUGACGGGCGACGUUGUGAUUAUGGGCGGGUACCGUGGCUCCGUGCUAAGAUCGACGAAAACCAACCGCCAAGUCUGGGUGCCGGUGAAGGUCGGGUUGAACAUCCGAAAGGUAAAUCUGGAGGUUGGCCUGGAUCCUGAAGACGAGGAGAGGAUGGAGGAAUCCAUCUAUGCGUCUGGCAUGCUCAAGAACAUAGGACCUAUCGACAUAUCAAAACGCCUGUUCAAGAGGUUAAGGGAAUGUGAGAACGCUAGAACAGGAAAGCUCAGAGUGUGGGACUACGGAUACGACUGGCGGCUGAGCCCUCAUCUGCUCUCCCGAAAAUUGGUCACCUUUCUGGAAGGGCUCCCGUCAAACCAGGGGAAGGGUCCGCCGGAGAAGAGAGGCGCGUGGCUUAUCGCGCAUAGCCUCGGCGGCAUCAUCACCCGCCACGCCGUGAACCAACGACCGGAACUAGUCUCGGGAGUGCUUUAUGCAGGAACACCACAGCGAUGUAUAAAUAUCCUGGGCCCAUUCCGGAACGGCGACGCCGUGCUCUUCAACGAGAAGGUGCUCACGGCACAAGUCAACUUUUCCCUAAGGACGUCCUUCAUAUUCCUGCCAGAAGACGGGUUUUGCUUCAUAAACAAGCACACCGGGGAGCAGUAUCCCAUCGACUUCUUCGACCCGCAGGAGUGGGCAAAAUACUGCCUGAGCCCAUGCGUCGGGCAACCACUGCCGGCCUACAAGUCCCGCACCGGCGCUCUCAGCUCGCUGCGGGAGUUCUCUGAGAAGCUUCCAACGCCGCUGAGGAGCCGCGGCAAUAGUGCCGCCAGCGAGUCUCGCUCUCCGACCUGGGCUUUUAGCAUGGAGAACGCCGUCACCGCCUUGCGGAAGGUUGAGGUGUCCCACGACCGGACGCUAGCGCCGCAGAUGGGCACCCUGCAAGGCGAUGGGAGCGCUGCCUCCCAGUCGAACCGGCAGCAGCAGCACAGCCCGGAACGCGACGGCGGCAGCGCCGCGGCGGUGCGAGCGCGCAACCUAGAGUACCUGGGACGGACGCUGGCGGACGCAAAACGAUUCCGAGCGGAGACGGCUCACCGGGAGGACCACGCGGCAGCGAAUGCGUACCCGCCGUUGGCGGUGAUUUACGGGAAGGAGGUGCCGACGGUGUGGGCGGCGCAGGUGGGGUCGCGGGAGGCGAUCGCGUGUUCGGACACGUACGACGACCUCGCGUUCCGCAGCGGCGACGGAGUCGUGCUGGCGCGCGAGGCGAUGCCGCCGCCCGGCUACGAGAUCGCGCGGGGCGGGCGCGUGAGCACGGACCGCGGCCACAUCACGAUGCUAGGCGAUCUCGGGGCCGUCGGGCGCGCGCUGCUCGCCAUCGUCAAGGGGCGGAAGAAGGGCAUCGGGUUGGGCGUGGACGCGCUGACCGAAAAGAGGCGGGGAGGGCGAAGUUCCGAGGAGGGGUCUUCGAGUGCGUGAGAGAGUCUAAGCAGCAACCGGUGGCAGGAGUCAGAGCCCAAACCAUAACAGCCGACCGAGUUUUCGUAAAACGCAGUCUUGAUUGAUGAUGGUGGUGUUUUUUUUUCGGUUUCGGUUACGAGCUCAGUCUCCAACCUACGUAUAUACCCCAUACACAUGAAUUACAGCACAUAUAGAUUGAGGGCGAGAUGGAAAGAAUGGCGUAAGGGUACGGGCAACCGAAACUCGAGGAAGAAAAAAAAGAAAACCAAGAAGGGCGGAAGAAAGCUAAGCAAAGAUGUGCUGUCGAAUACAAUAGAGCCAAGUCAUGGGAGAUCGGGGACCUCGCGAGGGCUUUUGGACCGAGGGCUAUCUUGAAGGUCCCUUAGGAAAAAGCGUGGCAUGAGAAUUCUCCACAGAAUUCUCGCCC